CAUCCCCAGGCACAACACUGGCCCAGGACAUCCAUCAUGGCUGCAAAUUUUUGGGAGUCGUCACAUGCCAAGCAGUGGCUCUUUGAUCGAGAAUCUCUGCAAAAGACGCACCACGAGGACCUCAAAAUCUUGACGCCUCGGGAGCUGUACAAGCUCGAUAUUUUCUACAACAAGGUGAUACUUUCGAUCGGAAGGAGGCUGAACCUGCGACAGCAAGUUUUGGCCACGGCGCUGGUCUACUUCAAGCGAUUCUACACGAGAAACAACUACAAGGACAUUGACGGUUGUCUGGUCGCCAUCACGUCUGUAUACCUCGCUUGCAAGAUCGAAGAGUGCCCAUUGAAUAUCAGCAAAUGCCUGGAGCUUGGAAAGCAGGCGCUGGAAGUCGACCCCGGCUUGCUCGUCAACUACUCGGUCCAAACGGUUGCCGAGUUUGAGUAUUACUUGCUCGAGGACCUGAACUUCCACACGAUUGUCUUCCACCCGUAUCGGCCGUUAACGCAGUUCUACACCGACCUGAAGCUCGAGUCGCAAGUGCUCCAGACAGGAUGGGGAAUGGUGAAUGACACCUACCGCAGCAACCUGUCGCUGAUGUAUCCCCCGUUUAUGAUUGCGUUGACGAUCGUGUAUCUCACGACUCUAUUUAUCGGCGACGAAGCCCUGCGGCUGCAUGUGAAGGACUGGUUCUGCAAUCUGAACGUCGACAUGCUCGAGAUUGCAGUCAUCACCCAGGAGAUUAUCGACAUGUACGAGGUCGCGACCAGCUACGUCGAUAAGGAGAUCCCGCCGCUUUUGAAGCGAUUGAACCCGGAGCUGAUCUCGCCGCCGCUGUUGGCUGCGAUGCCCGAAACGGCGACCCCGCUGGCAACAAACACGCCAGAUCCUCGGUCAUGA